GGUAUCGUCGGCGAGAAAUAUGCACUAUGAUUACUUUUAACUUGUGAUUUUUAGUUUUUACCUAAUGGAGUUUCGACAAACCCAUUAAGGUCCCAAAACUAAUAUGGUGAGACAAGCAAUUAUUCAUUUUGAGAACACUGGCAAAAACCCAUUUAAUAAACAAAAAUCUUAGCCGCAGACAAAUUUAAAUCUCCCGAGUAUGGCGUAAACACUCAGCAGAUUUCAUUAUGCAAAAAUGUCUUAAGGCGGCUGUCGUAAAAUUUCCAAGUUUAGAUUCUUAACCAAAAGGAAAAAGUGGGAUUGGAGAAACGAGUGACGUUAUCUGUUGGAAAAAGGGAGGGUGAAAGCGAGACGGCUGGACUCCAUUAGUGAAACCCUCGGGAGACAGUUCGGGAUAUUUCACUUACAGGGGUUUUUGAAAAUUUCCUUCGGACAAAACAAGUAGUUCAUAUAAAAAAGACCACUUAUAGAAUUAGAAACAGGAGGACUUUUGUAUUCAGGAAGGAUGGCGCUGGACGGUAUACGGAUGCCCGAUGGCUGCUAUGCUGACGGCACUUGGGAAUUGAAGAUGCACGUGACCGACCUCCAUAGGGACGUCUCGCUGCGGGUCACAGGCGAGAUUCACAUUGGUGGGGUCAUGCUAAAACUCGUGGAAAAACUCGAUGUAAAGAAGGACUGGUCGGACCAUGCUCUGUGGUGGGAGAAGAAGAAAAUGUGGUUGUUGAAGACCCACUGGACCUUGGACAAAUAUGGAAUCCAGGCGGAUGCACGCUUGCUCUUCACACCUCAGCAUAAGCUGCUACGCCUGCAGUUACCGAACAUGAAGCACAUGAAGGUCAAGGUCAACUUUUCCGACCGCAUUUUCAAAGCCGUGUCUGACAUCUGCAAAACGUUCAGUAAGGCUUUUCUCUCUCUCUAUCUCUGACUUCUGCAUUUUUUAUAUCUCUGACACUUCAAGUAGAUGUUCACUUGUCGUGUUUGUGGUAGAUCUUGAGACUUAACAUGAAAACUGACAAUGUGAAAUGAAUAACAUUAUUUUGUUACAAUGGCACCUGUCAGGGGUGCCAUUAUAUAUUAUGCAAGUGAACAGUUGAUGGGUUGGAAGCAGGAAAAAUGGACAAGCAUACUGAUCUGAGCAACUUUGACAAGGGCCAAAUUG